UUCCCUUGCAGCUUAGUAAAUGACCAAUUUAAUUCAAAAAAUAACUCAAAAUAAUGUAUUUACUAGUCUCACAAAUAAAUAGAACAUAAAAAUUGUGCAAUGUUUUGGGUAUAGAUUAAUACCAGUGGAGUAUCAGAUACCUUGAAUAGUAGACAUGGACGUCAGGAGGUUGAAAACACAGAGUAUCUUGAGAGAGAUUUCAAUAUUCAUAACACAAUCAAAUUAUUUACCACUCAAACAUUUAAAAUAAUCUCAUUUGAGUUUGGUAUUAUUUCAAAUUAUCAUAGCCUUCUGAUUUUGGACACAGUGGCAAUUCGGCUACUUCACAGACUAGAAAUUGUUCACAUUUGGGAUAAUUCCUGGAAAUAACAAAUUUCAGUAACUUACAGAAAUUUAUUUUAUACAGCUAUAACUGAAAACAAGUGAGUAAAAUCUUCCAUAAUGGAUCCGCUUCCCAGGUUGGGAUAUUCUAGCGGAGAUCGACUGAUCAAUGUUAAUACUAACGCUGGAUUAACAGGAUCUUAUGGUCAUCAUUCAUCUUCACCUACACAACUCCGCCUGAUAUCUGAACUGCAAGAACAAAUAAGAUCAUAUAAGAGAGAUCUUUCCAAGAAGGAUGAACUCAUCAAUGAAUUGUCAGUUGGGAGUCCAAGAAUGGAUGCAGCCCGGUAUCAAGUAGAUUCAAAUAUUCUGAGGGAAACUGCACCAUUUAGAGAGGAUGUCACAAGAUAUAGAAUUUCAGCAGAAUCUGCAAACACGGAACUCGCUGCUGCGCAAGUCAAGAUUGACAAUCUGGCUGCAGAGAAUCGGGAUCUUCAUUCACGAUUAAUAUCCAAAGACAACUUGAUGAGAGAACUCAGAGCAGAACUAGAAUCUUCGAAAGAAAAUUCAGCAAGGCAAUCAGCUCUCAUUCAGUCUCUUCGAGACAGAGCACGACUUGCAGAAGACAGCAGUGGAACACUAGAAACAGUAACAACAAGAGGAAAUAUCACAAUUCAAACUUUGCAGAAAGAAAAUCGUGAAUCUCAAGAAAGAAUAUUGGAACUUGAAGCAAGAGUGAGGAGUCACCUCGCAGAAAGAGAAGAUGCAGAGCAAAAUGCAGAGACAUACAAGAGAAAAAUGCAAGAUACUAUUCGAACUAUUGGUGAUGCUUUGAACAUUGAUACAGAAAAUGGACAAAGUGAAACUGCAGCAGAGAAGAUCGCAGAAAAGGCAAAAGAGUUGUUUCAAGAAGAUCUUUUGAAGAGUAGUGAACUGCUAACUUUGAAAGAUGCACUGAGUGCACACACCCUCGAAACUAAAGCAAGUCGUGAAACAAUUAUGCGACUUGUAUCAGAAGUAGGAAAAGAACAAAAGUCAGUGUCAGAGUCAAGUAAUAUGCUUGACAGGUUGACUAAGGAAAGAGAUGAUGCAGUAUUUGAGAAAGACAAUCUUGAAAGAGAAAUAGAACUUCUCAAAGAACGCCUGGAAGCUAGAGAGAAAGCCUGGUCAUCAUCGAGAGAGGAAAUGUCACAACGAUUGAACAGAGAGGUCACAAUAGGCAACGAUUUAAAAGCAGUUGAACAUGAGAAGAGAUUGGCUCAAAAUGAGUUGGAAACCUUCAAAACCACUGUAGCUCAGGCACUGAGUGACCCAUACACAGAAAUUCCAGCAAGAGAAGAUUCAAUUAAAGAAAGAAUAAGAGAACUUACUUCACACACGCGAGAAAAUCGUUCGAGAGUUGAUGAAUAUGAAAAUAAAGUGAGAAAUCUCAGUAACCAACUGGAAAGACAAUGUGAAUUGCAUCAAGAUGCGAUACGAAGAGCUAAAGCUGCAGAAUCUGAGAUUUAUGAAAGUAAAGUACAAAUGAGAAAUCUUGAAGGAGAACUUGCAUCAGGAGAUGUUCUACGAGAUACUCUAAGGAGUGAUAAACAGAAGUACAUGGGAUUCGUGCAAGACAUGUGUGAAGCAAUGAACAUGACUGAAGUUGCUGCAGAUAUUGGAUAUGAUCUGAACACAGAUAUUCUUGUGACAAGAGCAAGACAACUUGUCAAAUUAGAAACUGAGGCUCUGGCGGAAAAGACAUCUUCUAAUUACAACUUACAUAGAAAGGUUAAACAUUUCAAAGAUCAAUUGAAGAAUAAAGAACUUCACAUGGAACUUUUAAGAAAGAAAGUUGCCCAAAUGGAGGAGAGAGAUAGGACUCGAUCAGGCCUUGCAAUAGACAGAGAUGAUGCAAUUGUCACAGUUCAAAAAUUGUCAAGAAAAGUGGAAAGACUGCAGAAACUUCUUGGUGACGAGAGAGCAAAGACACUAGAACUAAGAGCUGAAUUAGCAGAAACAAACAACCUCAAAGUAAUAACACAUGAGCAACGCCGUCGAAUGGAAGAAUUGCAGGAGACAGUUGGAAAAUUGAUGAACACCAAAGAUAGGCAAAGACAAAAGCUGAGUGGAUUAAAACAAGAACUUAGCUUCACAAGCCAUGAAUCAAGCUCAGAAAAAGAUCGUUUAAAAUCACAGCUCGAUGCCGUCACAGGUGAUUUACAAUCAACGAAGAUUGCCUUCGAAGAAAUUACUCGAAGAGAAAAACAGCUCGUUGAUUUCCGAGAGGUGGUUGCAAGAAUGUUGGGAUUGGAUGUUACAUCACUGGCUAUUCCAGACUAUGAAAUUGUUUCAAGGCUUGAGAAGUUGAUAAAGAAUCAUCAACUUGGAGUUGCAACUUCAACAGCUCUUGAGAGAUCAAUGCACACCAUGGACCCAAACUUUCACGUCGGAUACGCCGAAGGAAUUAGAUCAACAAAAUUGGGUUUAACAAAUGGUUACAGUCAGCCCCAUCCACCUUAUAGAGGCAGAAGUCGCAGCCCUGAUAGACAUGAUUAUCACAGGCAUAGCUCUAGAUCUCCUAGGCGAUCUUGUUCACCGAGACGCUCAUGUUCACCAAAGAGAUACUAACUUUUGGUUACGAUAAUUGAAAUUAAAAAGAACAAAGAGUCAGAUACACCAAAAUAUCAUAGGGUAUUUUAUUUAUCUGGAUAUUGAUGGCACAAAAUUCUCACCAUUCACAAUUACCUAUUAAAUCUAGCAAUGCAUGUUUAAAAUUCGAUUUUGUGUCUAUUAUUAAUAAAACUUAGCAGUAUAUUAUUGUCAAUUUUCUCUAAUGAAUUUGUAAAAUUUUGUGAUCAUUUUAUUGUCAUGCUAUUUUGUAUAACUGUAUACUUUAACUUUUCAUUUUAUAUAUACAACAAGUACCAAGGAGUAUGGAUAGUACAAUACUAGUUUGAAUCAUGGUUUCUGCACUCGUUUAUGAUAUUAUUGUAUUGCUUCAUGCAAAAUCUCAUGCAUUUGGAAUGCCCAAAUGCAAACUGUUUGGCAUCGAUAAAUUUCCUUGCAAU